GCCUCCCUCGAGCUCGUCUGUAACCAUGGUCAAGGACAAGAAGGCAAGCGAGUUCGCCACGCGCGACUACACCAUCCACCUCAGCAAGAGGUUGUAUGGCGUUACCUUCAAGAAGCGCGCGCCGCGGGCCGUGAGGGAGGUGAAGAAGUUCGCGCAGCAGAUGAUGAAGACCAGCGACGUGCGCGUGGACGCCAAGCUCAACAAGUUCCUUUUCUCCAAGGGUGUGCGCAACGUGCCCACCCGGGUGCGCGUGCGCCUUUCGCGCAAGCGUAACGAGGACGAGGAGGCCACCGAGAAGCUGUACACCCUUGUCCAGCACGUGGAAGUGGCCAACAUCAAGGGCCUUCAGACCGAGAACUACGACCAGGCCUAGACCGCCUGUCUGUACGGGGUUGCACACGCUCGAUAAACUUUUGCCGUUGCUUCGAUCUAAAAAAGGAAGCUGUUGUAGCGCUUGGUUGAGCUAUGCUAGCUACUUUGGGUAGAAGAGCCCGAUUUAGUUUUCGGGUCAACUUCUUGUUCAGGGGGGAGUGAGUGGGUUGUGGAAGACGAAGCGUGUUCUUCCGCUCUGGGAGUGAUUUUCGCCGCGGCGGCGACGCUUCUUCGCUCUUGCCCCACACCGGCAAAGCACAAGAGCGCACGGUGGGAAGCAAAAACAUUAAAAAAAACAA